AUGAGUGGGACAUUUACAGCAUCCCCACUAUCACCAUCACUAUGUUCACAACCUCGUAUCCCGUCGAAAGUUCACCAACGUUGUUGGGCUCGAACUGCUGGUUUUUCGCGUGAAAAUCCAGUGUGUUUUUCAAAUCUGAAGCUCUAUUCAACUGGGUCGCAGAAAUUUCCAAGAAUCAAUUUGAGGUGCAAUAGCAGCACCGGACAUGGUGAUUCUGGUUCUGGUGAGAAUGAGAGUAGAACUGUUCUGGAUGCUUUUUUCCUGGGAAAGGCUCUGGCAGAAGCACUUCGUGAUCAUUUAGAGUCAAGAGUGGGAGAGUUUCUUAGUGGGAUUUACACGUUACAGGCUGAGCAACAAAAGAAACUACAAGAAUUUCAGGAAGAGGUGUUGGAAAGAGCAAAAAGAGCCAAAGAGCAAGCAGCGAGAGAAGCAAUGGAAGCACAAGAUGUUAUUCCCGAGUCUUCUGCAGUAGAUAUAUCAACAGUUGACGGUGUUGCUGCAACCAUGUCCCCUGCCACGACCUCAGCUACCUUUUCUUCAGCAUCAACCUCUAUCUAA